CAGAGGCGGCUGAGCCAGGAACGGGAUCGCCUAGAGGGUCUUCGCCAGAGACUCCGGGAGGCCCAGGGACAGCUCGACUCACAGCCAGAGGACCAGCGCGAGCGGCUUCUGCAGGGUGUACAGGAGAUGAGAGAACAACUGGAUGUGGCCCAACGCGCCUAUGAGGACCUGGAGUUCCAGCAACUGGAGCGGGAGAGCCGGCAGGAGGAGGAGGAUCGGGACAGCCCUGGGCCCCAGGUGCCAGACCCCAAGGUCCAGGAACUUCAGGCCAGCAUGGCGCAGCACAGACGCCGGAUCCGGGUCCUGGAAGAGCAGCUCAAGUCACUGGGGGAGCAGAUGGCAGCCGAGAGCCGGGGGCUGAGCCGGAAGAAGGAGGAGGCCCUUCAGGCCCUGUCACAGGAACGGAGCCGGCUGCUCGAGCUCAAUUGCCUUCAGGGAACAACUGGCGGGGACUUCUCUGAGCCCAACCCAGCCCUCACUAAGCUGCUGUUCACCCAGAAGACAGACCACCAGCUGCUGGUGCUCCAGGACCCUGCGGCCCACUCCGCUGCCACCCCUACCUCUUCUUGCCUCUUCUCUGUCCACAGCUCCCUGCAGGGCUCCAUUGGCCUCCAGAGGACUGGGAGCCUGCCCCGGAAAAGGGGAGAGAGGGCGAGCCAGAGAGGAUCCCCCCGACCUCUGUCCUUCCAUUGUACUGAAUCCCUGGAGGCCUCAGCUCUCCCGCCAGCAGUGGGGGACUCUGGCAGAUACCCCCUCUACCAGCUGCUGAACUGUGGCUGUGGGAAUAGCUGUGGGGCCGUCCACCCGGACAUUGCCCACAUGGAGCGGCUCCUGCAGCAGGCCAUGGCGGAGAGGGAGCGGCUGCUCAAGGCCCGGGAAGGAACAAGAAGGGGCACAGAAGGUUCCUCAGGCCCUGCUGUCCCUGCCAUCACGGCCCCGCCCACCCCACCCCACCCUCCAGGCCCGCGAAUCUUGGAUCUCCGGCAGCAUCUGGAGGGAUGGGGCCACAACCCAGAAAACUGCCCACAUGUGCAGGUGUCUGGGGGCUGCUGCCGCGGACCCCUGGUGAAGAUGGGCGGCCGCAUCAAGACCUGGAGGAAGCGAUGGUUCUGCUUUGACCGCCAAGCCCGCCGCUUAGCCUACUAUGCGGACAAGGAAGAGACCAAGCUCAAAGGUGUCAUCUACUUCCAGGCCAUCGAGGAAGUCUAUUACGACCACUUACGCUGUGCCUUCAAGAGCCCCAGCCCCCGCCUGACCUUCUGCGUGAAAACCUACGAACGCCUUUUCUACAUGGUGGCUCCGAGUCCCGAAGCCAUGCGCAUUUGGAUGGACGUCAUUGUGACAGCAGCUGACGAAAACCACGCCCCCUGAGUGGCACCGCCCACUUGGGGGGAAGUCCUUUCUAGGCUCCGCAGGCGUGAGGGCGUUCCUAGGCCCCGCCCACUGCCGGCAAACUUGGGCGCACGCCUUUGGAACUCUCCCGGGAAUUCUCCAGGCCCCACAGCUCGGCUGGCCUGAGCUGCUGCGUUCUGGGUUGCAGGUGCCUUGCCCCCGACGGGAUCGCCAGCCCCUGAGGCCCUGCCCGGGGCAGGAGGAAGAUUGCAGGGGCGGGAAGAAACUAUUUAUUGGUGCUCCUGUGAUACCGAAUUAAAUACGGAGGAAAAACAGGAA